AACAUGUUAUUCGAAGCAUUACCUAAACCAUUCAAAGAUCUUUAUAACCAUAAAUGCAAAUAUCAUGUAAAUGAUGAUAAUUCAAUUACAUUUUAUCCAUCACCAUUUUUAAAAAAUGAUAAAAUUGCAACAAAAAAGCUAGACAAGGAAUUAUUUAUCGAUUCAAACCAAUUAAAAUAUUUUAAAGAAAAAUUAAAUAUUAGUGAAUUAGAAGGUGUCGAUGAUUGGAAUUGCAAUAUUAUAAAAAAAUCAGAUAAUUAUCAUGGUUUUAUACGUGCUAUCGAAAUUGCAUUUUUUCAACAUUAUCCAAUCUCUAUUAAACCAAGUGAUCUAUGGUUAUUAAUAUUACAAGGAAUAGCAUUUCAUGUUAAUAAGAAUAGUGAAAAAUUACGUGAUAAAUAUGUUUAUCAUAAAAGUAAAAAAUCAUUAGAAGUUAUCAGACAAGGUUUUAUCAAGGGUUCUAAAAAAAAUGAUUACAACAGUGUGAUCAAUGAAUUUAUUGAACAAAUUGAUAAAAAUACAAUACCAGAUACAGUGAAGUUAUUAAAAAAUGAUUUUACAACAAGUAAUAAUAUCGAUGAUAUUGCCACUAAGUUAUGUAUCAUGGAUAUAUGUCAAUGUUAUUUUAGUUAUCGAAUGAUAAUCGGUUGUGGUUUUCCAUCAAUAACAUUAAAUGGUAUUAAGGAUGAUUGGAUUAAUUUAUAUAAAAAAUGUGAAGAAUUAUUAAACACAAAAGUAGAUGGAAAAUUUAGUGAGAAAUGGAAAUUAUCAUUACUACCAGUUUUAAAUGAAUUUAUUAAUGUUUAUAAUUGUAAAAUUGAUUGUGUAUUUUGGAAUAGUAUGAUUAAAAGAGGUGGUUUUAUGUCUGGUAUAUUGCGAGAUAGAAAUAAAGAUGCUAGAGAUGUUUAUGAACGGGAUCAUUAUUGUGGAUGGAUUAAUGUAUUUUUUCCUUAUUUAUUCUCUGGUAAUACAGAUAUAAUAGAAAAUGACGCUUGUGUACCAUAUUCGAUGAAUCAAGAUUAUGUUUACCCUCAACGAUCAAAAACAUUUUGCAUGAAUGAUGAUAAUAAUAAUAGUGACAAUAUUGAUAUUGAAUCUGCAAUCAGUUUUCCAAGUCGUCAUGGUGCCAGGGUAUCAUCUUUACCUAUUGGUUUAAGCCAAGCACCUGUAGUUUGUAUAGAUUUGAAUACAAAUCAAACAUAUGAUUUAAUAUUUGCUGCUGGUUUUACUGGUGUUCAACAAGAUGAUAGAACCUUAACAAUAUCACCUCAGGUUGGAUGGUUUAUUGGUCAAAAAGAGAAGAAAAUUAUUUAA